CAGAUUUUGGUGGCCGAUCCUCUUCGCCCUCACCAUGGCUUCCCCCGGAGCUCUCUCCCAGUCCACCGACGCCCUCGGCUUCCUCUCCAUCGACUGCGGCAUUGAGCCCGGUUCGUCCUACGUCGACCCCCUCACCAACAUCUCCUACGUCUCCGACGCCGGUUUCAUUGACACUGGCGUCAACCGCAACAUCUCCAGCGACUCUUUGUCCCCGAAGCUCCGCACCCUCCGCGCCUUCCCCAACGGCACCCGCAACUGCUACACCCUUCGGUCGCCGGUGGUGGCGCGGGGGUCCAAGUACCUCCUCCGGGCAUUGUUCCUUUACGGCAACUACGACGGGCUAGACGGACAGCUGUUGGCCUUCGACCUCCACUUCGGCGUCAACUACUGGGACAGUGUGAGCGUGGCCGACUCCACCUUUUUCUACGUGAAGGAGACCAUCACGGUGGCCACCGCCGGAUACUUGUCGGUGUGCCUGGUGAACACCGGCACGGGGACGCCGUUCAUCUCGGGGAUCGACUUGCGGCCAUUGAAGCCCGUUCUCUACCCAGCGGCGAACAAAGGGCGGAGUUUGGUGCUAUUCAACCGAUGGAACUUGGGAAUGGAGUCUGGCUACCUCUGUAAAAUGCGCUUCGCGCUUCCUAUCUCUAGGUAUCCGGCCGACCCGCUCGAUCGGUUCUGGGGUUCAUGGAGCUUCCCGGGAUGGAACUACGUCUCCACCAACUCCACCGUCCGAAACCUUCCCCAGGAUUUGUUCCAAGUUCCCUCUGUCGUCAUGCAGACCGCCGUCACCCCCAUCAACUCCUCCAGCAUCCUCAUCACAUGGGAUCCCUUACCCGGCGCCGUCAACCAGUUCUUCCCCAUCCUCCACAUAUCUGAGAUCUUAGACCUCGCCGGCACCAAUCAAUCGCGGCAGUUCAACAUCUACGUGAAUGGAAUCCACUGGUUGGGGGAUGUAAUGACCCCCGAAUAUCUCUACUCGGACGCCGUCUACAGCCUCCUGCCCUUCCCUUCGUCCCCCACCUAUAACAUCUCCCUCGAGGCUCUCAGCAACUCCACUCUCCCGCCCAUCCUCAAUGCCUUCGAGCUCUACGUGACCAUGAGCAACACCUCCGUGCCCUCGGAUGUUGGUGAUGUUGAUGCCAUGACCGUGAUCAAGGAGUGGUAUCGGAUCCAGAGGAAUUGGAUGGGAGAUCCAUGUUCCCCUAGUGCUUUUGUUUGGGAUGGACUAAAUUGUACUUAUAGCUUGUCAAAUUCUCCAAGAGUCACUGCUUUGAAUCUGUCAUCAAGUGGGUUGACUGGGGAAAUAACCAAAUCUGUUGCCAGUUUUAGUGCACUUCAAUACUUGGAUUUGUCUUACAACAAUUUAACAGGGCAAAUACCUGAUGAACUAGCAAACUUAAGUUCUCUCAAACUACUUGAUUUGACGGGCAACCUGUUAAAUGGAUCAGUUCCUUCGAACCUCCUUGAAAUGGCACAAAAUGGUUUACUUACCUUAAGACUGGAUGGGAAUCCACAUCUCUGUAACAAUGGUACAUUGUGCAAUGUGAUGCCUGUAGCAAAAAAGAAGAAAAUAUCAACACCGGUGAUCGUGAUUCUUUGUAUAGUUCCUGUGUUAAUACUUCUUGCAGUGAUAAUCAUAGUUUGGAAGGUGAGGAAAACACAAGGUUUGAGAAAAGGCAGCUCAGUCGAUCCAUAUAAUGCUUUCCCAAAGCAAACAAAUAAUGUAUUGCAGCUUGAAAAUCGCCAAUUCACUUACAUGGAAUUACAGAACAUCACUAAUAACUUUCAAAAGAUCCUAGGCAAAGGAGGAUUUGGGUUUGUUUUCCAUGGACAUUUGGAAGAUGGUAUUCAAGUUGCGGUCAAAAUGUUAUCACAAUCAUCAUCACAAGGAACUAAGGAGUUUCUUGCUGAGGCCCAACACUUGACUAGGGUUCAUCAUCGGAAUUUAGUUUCUUUUAUUGGCUAUUGCAAUGAAGUAAAUCAUUUGGCACUUGUCUAUGAGUUUAUGUCUCAAGGAACAGUACAAGAUCAUCUGCGAGGCAGGGCAAACAAUGCUAGAGCUUUAACAUGGAGACAACGUCUUCAUAUUGCAAUUGACGCUGCACAAGGGCUAGAGUAUUUGCACAAAGGAUGCAAACCACCAUUAGUUCAUAGAGAUGUGAAGUCAGGAAAUAUCCUUUUGAGUGAAACUCUGGGAGCUAAGAUAGCAGAUUUUGGGCUUUCGAAAGCUUUUCUAAGUGAGACAAACAGUCAUAUAUCCACUUUGGUGGUUGGAACUCCUGGAUAUCUUGAUCCUGAGUAUUGUAAUACCUUCCAGCUCAGCGAGAAAAGUGAUGUGUAUAGUUUCGGAGUGGUUCUUUUGGAACUAAUCACUGGGCUGCCUCCAAUAGUUCCAGGUACAGAAAAUGUACACCUAGCCCAAUGGGUGCUCCAAAGGCUUGACAAAGGAAACAUUGAAGAUGUUGUAGAUCCUAGACUCGAAGGGGAGUAUGAUAUAAAUUGUGUCUGGAAAUGUGCUGAUAUCGCGUUGAAAUGCACGGCAGAAAGGUCCCAACAACGGUCAAACAUGACAGAAGUUGCGAUGCAGCUGAAAGAGAGCUUAGAACUAGAGAACUCUUAUUAUAAUAGUGGGACCAAUCAGAAUCUAUAUUCAGAAAUAAGCAAUGUGAGCUCAAACAGUGCUCCUGAGAUAGGAGUGUCUAGAAUGACUGAGAUUUUUGAACCAAAGGUAAGAUAAACAUGGGUUUGCUAAACUCUUUCCUCUUAAAAUUGUGUCGUAAUGGUUGAAGGUUCAAGAAUGUCUUCACGUAGUGUUUUACAUGUUAUUGUUAGUGCGAAGGAAAAUAGUAUUUGGUGGAGUGUAGAUGAUACAUUUAUUUUCUAUGGCAAAAAUUAUUGUAAACUCUUCCAUUUUCAUCUUGAAACAAGCAUCUUGUAUUUUGAUCAUGUCAUCUCUUUGUUACUGAAUAAAUUCCCUAUUUUUCU